AUGACCAAAGAUUCACCGAUCGUUGGGCUUGCCAAUGGUGGAAAUCUUGAUACACCGUCAGAGAAGCAGAAGGCUAGCCGAAUAAAGAACACUCCGGGAUCUGGCGAAGCCUUGCUAAGAGUGGUGGUUGAAAUUCAUCAUAGAAUUUGGUGGAUUUCCAACACUCAUCAGCAACAAUCAAUUUCUCAGGUGGAAGAUGAAAAGUAUGAGAUAGCAAAAUCCUUGGAUUUCUCAGAAAAAUCUCAAGUGUCUGAAGAAUGCAACUCUGAGGCGAGUUAUCAGGAAGUAACAACACAAGGAAGUUGUGUUGGAAGUUGCAGUGUUGGUGAUAAUGCAUCCAUCUGGUCAAUGCAAGUGAAUAAGAGUAACAACGAUGAUGAUGAUGUGGAGGAAGAAAUAGCUGAGGAAGAUGAUGAUGGUGGUGAUUAUGAAUGUGAUUUGGGGCUUGAUAAACUGUGUAAAAGAUUGAACAAGGUUAAUGUGAAUGAAAAGGCUGUUCUGAACUUUGCUGGGAAACAUAUAGGGUUUGUUUACGACAGUGAUAAUGAGAUUGUGAAAGAGGAGGAAGAUGAAAGUGUUGGUGGUGGUGAUGAUGUUGAUUCUAAUGUGCUGCAUUUGAAGGGAUUGCCAAUGCCGAAAGAGAAACAUCGUCGUUUUUCUGAGGAGGGGGAGGAGGAGGAAAAAUCUUAUAUGUGA